GCCCGUAUAUAUAUAAGUUGGUGGAUGGCUCUCCAACAGGACAAAGUCUGCCUGUCUUUCUUCCUGCCUGCCUACCAAACAACCGGUGGUGUUUACACACAUACACACACACACAGAAAGGACUUGUAAAAAUCGUCACAAUGUUUUCGUUGCUCGUCGUACUGGCCCUCGUAGCGUCUGCGCAUGCGCUACCUACGCCUGCCGACGGCCACCAGCCCUCCAAAGUGGCAGCGGUCGAGAAGAUCUUCAACGACCGCCCAGCGAUCGAGGCCAUCAUCAGCUGCUUUAUGGGGAAGACUGAAUGCAGGCCCUUGCAACAGAGCGUCAAAGUUCGGGCCAUAGCUACGAUGCUCAACUUCGGCACCUGCCCCAAGGACCUCUGCUCUCCCGAAGAGAGCCAGGAAAUGGAGAGAUCGAUGGAGCUCUUGCAGAGCAAGCACCCAGACCUGUGGGCUAGGCUCAUCUUCUCCAUCCUAGGCGUCGAUAUCAAGGACCUCGGCAAGAAGAGAUAGUCACAGCCGUUCUUCUCUGCUGUCAUAUUUACUUAUAUAGAGGAGUCUGACUGACGCGUUUUAGCGUCAGUUAUCCGCUCCGUUGUGUUCUUGUCUUUCUAACUUAAGGUUGUUUUAAUAUAAUAAAAAAAUA